AUGAGUCUUCACGGAUUUGGCUCUGGGGUACCUGCUGGACAGUAUCUUGUGCGUAUUGAGCACGUUGCUCUUCAUGGUGCUGGGAUGUACGGUGAAGCCGAGUUUUAUUUCAAAUGUGCGCAGACUGAAGUUGAGAGUGAAAGUAUCUUUACGCCCGGUCCAAAUGUGAAGAUCAAGGGGUUUUAUAUGGGAUAUGGGUCUGGUAAUUUGUUCUAUAUGUAUCGUGAAUGGAUCGUGAGUUACUAUGCCUGGCCCCAGGCCAUUGAGUCCGAGACCGCCUUUACCGCUUGUUACCACCGCCUUCAAUAUUAG